AUGCCAAUAACAACUACGACUACAACUACAGUCACAGCGCCUCCUCCGCCCCUUGAAUCACAUCAUGGAAGAGUCUCAAGCAUAAAAGGCGUCGCAAGUUCGACUCCAGUACUCGAGCUCUCAAGUCUGGACAACAAGACACCGUCCAAUCCGACUGAGGCCAUUCCUACGCCCACCCCCAAAGACAGCAAGACCCUCCUCAACGUUUCCCGCACCGGCAUCCUAACAACCGCCCUCCCAGCCAUCGCAGCCGACAUCAACCUCGACCGCGACCUGACCUUCGGGCCUGCCUCCGUCUACGCCCUCACCGCAGGAUGCACACUGCUGGCAUUCGGCUCCGUCGCGGACAUGCUGGGCUCGAAGACAGUGUGGCUUUAUUUGAACGCGGCUUCUCAUGCCCCCUGA